AUGGCCGACCUCAAGAACAUCGUUCCAGAGCUCCAAAAGGCUCUGGAGCGCAAACAGUUCGACGCCGCCAACGAUCUUCUGAGCAAAGCCAAGCGCGCUCUUCUCCUGCAAAACGCUCUCAUUCCUACACCGUCUACCCCCCCUCAGCUCAUUGCUGUUGCUCGGCAAGUGCUUGAGCUUGGCGCUCUCGCGUCCAUCCGACAGACCGAUGCCCAGACUUUCACACGAUACUAUCAACAGCUGCAGCCUUUCUACGACCUUGAGCGACACGCCGGCUUACCGGGCCAGCAAUCAUCGCAUGUCGAUUUCAGCACCAGUCAGCGCAGCAAAGUGACGGGAUUAUACUUGCUCCUGCUGUUGAGCAUGGGUGAUAGUGCCAACUUCCACACCGUGUUGGAGGGUCUGGUCGAGGAGGCCAGUUUGAAGGGUGGCCGGAUCGAGGAUGAUCCUUAUAUCAAAUACCCCGUUGAGCUGGAGCGGAAUCUGAUGGAGGGAAGCUACGAUAAGGUGUGGCGGGAGACUAAGUCGGAGCGUGUGCCCUCAGAGGACUUUGGGCUCUUCUCCAACGUUCUCAUUGGUACUAUUCGGAGCGAGAUCGCCGACUGCUCUGAAAAAGCAUACCCCUCCCUUCCUAUCUCAAACGCUAAGAAUCUCCUCUUCCUCGAGUCGGAGGGCGCGGUUAUUCAAUUUGCUCAGCAGCGUGGCUGGAUCCUUCGUGAUGGACGGAUACACUUCCCCGUCGAGCCGGAGGCGGCUACCAGGUCCGAGAAGGAUAUCUUGGUGGCGAGCGGCACGGUGAUUGAGAACACGUUGGGUUACGCACGCGAGCUUGAGACCAUUGUUUAA